AAAAAAAAAAAAAAAAUUGGCCAUUUUGCUGUAUAUAGCUCAAAUGAAUGUCACCAGUUCACUUUUUUGAAACCUUUGAAUUAUCAAUUCAGUUUUAUUUAUUUUUCUUCCUCAUAAAUACAUACAUGCAAAUGAAGGAGCCAGAAAAAUGGUCAUCAUGAUCUGGGGUUAAUUUAUUUUACCUACCAAGAUCAUGAUCUAUCUCAUUUCAUAGACCCUUUAUUUCUAGUUUUGAAUCUUGGGUUGUUUUACAUAAAACCUUAUAUGUAAAUGUAGUAAUGGCUUCAGGAUCAUUCAAGUGCUUUUUUGAUCAGAAAUGGGGCAAAUUUACACUUUUCUUCCUAUAUGCUAUACUUGAAUGGGUGUUGAUCAUUGUGCUUUUUGUGGAUGGUUUUCUUGCAUUCUUUUCGUAUGAAUUCGCCAAGUUCUUCGAAUUGAAUAUCCCGUGCUUGCUCUGCACGAGGAUAGAUCACGUUCUCGUGCAUAGGACCUCGAAUUUCUAUUACAAUGAAUCCAUUUGUGAAAUUCACAAGAAGGACCUUUCUUCACUUGCAUAUUGUCAUGUCCACAAGAAGCUCUCUGAAAUCAAGAAUAUGUGUGAAGGCUGCCUUUUGUCAUUUGCAACAGAGAGAGAUGCUGAUUGCGAUAGGUACAAAUCUCUAGCUGGGGUUCUGCAAAAGGACAUUGAUUGCUUUGUGGCAGAUGAUGUAAGACUUUCUGUAAAAACAGGGAAGAAAGAACUAGAUGAGGCCAUCCAAAUUGAGAGGGGCAUAGUUGCGAGGUGUUCUUGUUGUGGAGAGCCUCUAAAAAUGAGGUCUAAAUUCUCCAGGAACGCAUCGAUUAAUGGAAGGUCUUAUUCUCAAGCUCCUGCUCCAUCUCCUCGCGCUUUUCCUCGAGCUCCAUUAUUAGGAACAUGGAGAACUAUUGAGGAAGUGCGCCAUCUAGAUUCACCUCGUGCUAGGUACACAGAGCUCAAGUUCAGCCCAGAGGAUGAAGGCCCCUCAAAUGGAGGUAAAGAGGAUAUGAAAGCUGUUGCUGUGCCAUUGCUACCAGAUUCUGAUAUUGAUUCCUCUUGCAAAACUCCAAAUAAUACAAGAAAUAGAUUUUUUGGAAUCCCAUUAUCCGACUCAGCUCAAGCAAGUCCUAGGUUGUCUCAUCAUAGGCCCAGAAAGUCAUGGAUUAGUGAUAAACUUGACGUCACUUCAGAGGCUAACGACACAAAUAGUGUAGCGAGCGAUUUAGAAGAUGACGUCGUGCAACGCUUAAAAAGACAGGUCCGUGUGGAUCGUAAGUCUCUGGUGGCACUAUACAUGGAAUUGGAUGAAGAAAGAAGUGCUUCUGCAAUCGCAGCAAACAAUGCAAUGGCGAUGAUCACUCGUUUGCAAGCGGAGAAAGCAGCUGUUGAAAUGGAAGCCUUUCAGUAUCAGAGAAUGAUGGAAGAACAGGCAGAAUAUGAUCAAGAGGCUUUGCAGUUCAUGCAAGAUGAGCUAUUGAAGAAAGAGGACGAGAUGAAGCUCUUACAAGUUGAACUCGAGACUUACAGAGAGAAAUUCGGACAUAUAAAGACGAUAGGUAGUGAGGUUUGUGAAGUUGAUGCUGAUGAAGAUUAUCAAGAACUGAAAUCUCAGUGUUUAUCAUCUAUUAGUGAGAGAUCAGAUUGUGUCAGCCCUGAUGAAGCGGAUCAUCAUAGAGUAAAUGAGCGCCUUUUUGAAUGUUCUGCGGAAAAUGGAGGGAUGAAUGUGGAUGAAUCACAACUUGAUUUUGAGAAACAAAGAUCUUAUCUAAUGGGAUUGUUGACAGAUGUUGUAGAGAAAAUCAAAACAUCUCCUGAAGAAGGACCUCGUACAUCCGUAUCCAACAUGAUCGAAGAAAGAGGAAAUGAAAAUAAGGUCCUUCUUACAAGAGAAGUUUCGUUAAUAAGAGAGAGGUUGAGAGCCAUUGAAGCAGAAAGCGGCUUCUUAAAACAUGCUGCCAUGACGUUACAGAGUGGCAAUGAAGGAAGCAAGCUCUUGACUGAGAUAGCUCAACAUCUGCAGAAGCUUAGACACACGACCAAUACCUCAUCAGAGUAUGCAGAUGCAGGGCGACAAUCCAAUUAAGCAGGUGAAAUUGGCAUGGAACGAGACAAUUCUGGUAUAGUCCAGCAAGCUUCUCACUUUACCUUAUAGUCCAAAUGGAACAAAUCGAGAAGCCAUGAGUCAUUUGGACCUGCCAAUUGAUUGAAUCAUAACAUUCUGAUGAUCGACUUUACGAAGAUCCCAUUAGAUUCUGGAAGCUACUCGAGUGGAGAAUGAAGCUGUUAAAUAGCCUAUAUGUAAACAUACAUGCAUGGUUUUCAUUUAUAUUACACACACAUCUAUGGAUAAUGAAAGACUUUCUCAUGGUUUUGAUUCUUCCACUGAGAUAUUUCAAAUAGGUUUUGAGUGCACUUGCAAAUUCACUCAUUUUCAUUGAAUUAUCAGGUUCAACUUCUGGUGCCAACAAAACCAAGUGAUAGUUCCAGCUAAUUUCAUUGAAUGAACUGAAUGCGCUGCCACGUAUAUUU